AAAGCCAUUCGCCACCUCAGGAACCGAUCUAACUUCAACACAUCUAAUGCUGAAAAUGGAGAUACAUCCCUGGCGCAAUCGAGUGUUGAGAACUGGUCGCGUCCGGAGAAGACGCAUGUAUUCCUGGUAUCAAACAAAUAGAAAAUCUAAUAUCAUGGGCGGGUGUAAUGGUGGACAACAAGCGGCCGUUUCGCCAAAUGGGCGGCGAGUUGCGCGUUGCAUCCCGAAUGAAUGACAGGCGCGUUAUGUCAGUUAUUCAUUGAUGAGAAAUCAAUUGAACCCGCCAUUACAGGGCCGCUCGCUGGAAUCUAUCACCCUGGAUCUCCUACUUAGCCUGGACGUGUUUUCAUAGCGACAUUUAGAAGACAAACGCAGUACAAAAGGCCACGUUAUGAUAUGUAUGUGGGAUCAAAUGGAAUGGAUGACGCGACGACACGCAGUUUGUCCAAUCAGCCACAGGGUUUGAUGGCUAGCCCGGGGUAGGCCUUAAGUAUUCGCGUGGCCCGCGUCUUAACUGUCUUUCGGGAUUUGAACAGGCGAGCAUUUUCUGCGGGCGAUCGCGACCCAUCUCCAAUUUAUCAUGACUCCUUUCCAUAAUGACUUCCGCCGAUCGUGAACUUCGCUUGAACCCGCUGCAGCCCGGCCGUAGAGAGAUGGGAGGCACGGGUCGCUGAUUAAAUUGCGUUUUGUGCCAAUCGCAGCACGACGUUUAUUUUAGAGUCUUUGGGAAAGAAAAGCCGGCGCGCGAUCCAAGCCUGGACUAAAGGUUACAGACACAGUGGCACAGAAGGGGAGAGAAGUUGAGCCGCCAGCAGUACCCUCCAACCCGGAGCCAGCUUUCAGCGUGAGUCAGGUGGUAUUAGACCUCCGUGUUCAACUUGCCUGGUCCAGACGGAAGCAGGAGUCAGGACCUACCGGAGACCCCUGCCUACCACCCGCCGACCUCUCCUCAACCUACCCCGACGGCACACAGACCACCCUCUCUCCACCCGCACUAGAUCGGAGCGGGCUUGCGGUUGGUGGAAGGAAGAAGUCACGUGGGGGAUUUGAAUGCCAUAAUUGGAAGUGUGGAUCACCCCAAGUUGCUGUAACUAUUCAUCACUACCUCUAGGGACAAGCCGACCACAAAUCACCCGAUGAGUUCGUACUUUGUAAAUUCUCUGCUUACUAAAUACCAGCCCGGAGAAAGCCUCUCGAGUUCGAACGGGUUUGCCGGAGUGCCGUCUUGUAGCUACGGGGAGCUGGCGUCCACGGCGCGAGGGGGGUACCAUGCCGGGGCGUACGGCCCGUACCCUGCUACUAACUCCGGUCCUAGGGACUUCUACAACGGCGGGGCGGCCGGAGGGUACGGGAGUCCCAACGCACACUACCAGGAGAGUCCCCCCGUGUCCAGUUACUGCAGGGGCUCGGCGGAGUCGGCGUCGCCUCCCCAGUCCAUGAGCGCCAUGCACGGGGCAGCCUGCUCCUACCAACAAGCAGAAGUUCGGAAAGACAUGGCUGGAGUCGGCGGACACCCAGGCCAUCCCGUACAGCAAGCCAACCCCGCACUCAACACCGCUCAGAUGACGACCCCUAUCUAUCCGUGGAUGAGAAGCACAGCACCUGAACGAAAGCGUGGCCGUCAGACGUACACGCGCUACCAGACCCUGGAGUUAGAGAAGGAAUUCCACUUUAACAAGUACCUGACUCGGAGACGACGCAUCGAGAUCGCGCAUGCGCUGUGCUUGACGGAGCGACAGAUCAAGAUCUGGUUCCAAAACCGCCGGAUGAAGUGGAAGAAAGAAAAUAAACUGGAAAGUCUCAAACAACAGCCGGCAGAGAGUGAAACAUCAUCAACAACAUCAUAGAGAGAAAUUUCACUGCUAAAUUGCGGACGUUAAUAUUCUGUAUGUAAAUGUCUAUUGUGCCGUGAGAAAAACAGGAAAAUAUUGUACUUCACGGACUUAUAUACCUCAGUGUUUAUGUUCGUUUGUUUUUGUUAGGGAUGUCGUUCCCUAUAGAUGGAAAUAUUGUUGAUGUACAAAUGUAGGGGUAUUAUAUGUUGCUUGCAUCGCCUGCCCUAGUUUUGAGGCGAGUGACAGAGGGAGGGGGGGAAUACAUUACGUGCAGUGACAUGAUCUGUCAACUCCCUGUAGAGUUAUGAAUAAUAUACAGCUAGACAGGGCUUUUUGUAGUGCUACCGGCACACAGGUACCGUCAGGCGAUCUGACCUGGUUUUGAUUGUGAUUAAUGCCUCGGUCUAUAAAUCGUCCAUGUCGGUUGUCAAUCAAAAGAAAAAAAAAUGGCGCUACCAAAAACGCGAAGAUCGCCCCGCGUUCGACCCCGCGCCAAAACCGGCCGUGAUUGCCCUGGUCUUAUUUCUGUCACGUUCCAACGGCAGGGAUUUUGUGUUGACUGUGUAGUAGCUUGUCUAGUUAGGCAAUCUUGGUUCCAACCGCUCUUUUGCCCAGCGCAUUGAUUUCUUCGGACGAAGAGAGGUCGGUCGCCCUCAAAUCCCAGAUAAAGUGACGUGCCAAAACCUUACACUAUAUCGACGCGCCUGAAAAAAAGAAGUCCCUCCUAUUUUUACUUGCCUAGGGUAUUAGGAAAAUGCUAUUACACGUAGAAUCUACAGUCAAUGCUGUAAAAAAAACUAGACCUAUACAGACGUAAUAACGACAGAUUGAAUCUUUACGGCAAAAUGCUUGUUUUAUGGUUGUUAGGUGACCUUUGGGCCAUGCCCUAGACUCUCCCACAAUAUCAAGUGACUUACGUCAAAGCGUAACGUAAACAUGUGUGUGGCAUUGCGCUAAGUAUUAACUUCUUGACUUCUCUGACCUUCGGGGCCACCUUGUUACUUGCCUAGUUUGGCCGGCCGCAAUAAUGAGAAAAAACCUUGCGUAAUAAGACCAAGCCUCUGAUUGGUAGUGGUGAACCGAUAACGUCUUUAACAUCCAAUCUGUAUUCCUCUAACUUCAAUUAACGUCGUGCACAAAAUUUGGCAAUGUCCGCAAAACUCUUUCUCAUGUAGGCGUAGACGCCAUGUUGUGUUAGUUGUUAUAUCUAUAUUUUUCAAUGGUUACAGCGGUACAACGUUACAACAACCUGUUUUACACCAUCCGUGUGUGUUGUACUGUGGAGAAGUAGCAUUGCCAAUGUAUAGAGAUGUACACGCCAGAUUUCUUUACCGCCUUGGAGGCAAAUUAACUGAGAAAGAACAAGCCCAACGGCCAUGCCCUAAUGUCAGCUCCUGUGUAUUGGAAUGUCUGUCCGGCUUACGCCGCAAAGAUCUUCAUCAAGAUUGUACUUAGCAGAUUUGAAUCUCAUAGCUGCCCCCCUAAUUUCGCCCGGAGAAACAGUUUCCAAUCGUUGGAAUGCCUCACACUUGCUCUCACACCUUUUGCAACACUGUAAUUUCUAAACUACAUACUGUUGUAGCAUGUAGAAAAAUUAACAUAGACAUUUUUUAAAGAUAUUGUAGUUGCGACAUAAACUUUGAAAUUGUGCAACGUGCUUGAACACUUUUCGUUACUAUGAUAGGAAAGCAAUGAAGGAUGUACAUUUUUUUAUCAUUGUAAACAUAUCUGUUACAUACUGUCGUCCAACAUAUCGUAAUAGUCUUCAUCCAAAACACUGUUAUACAGUACUGUAGUCUUGUUUCUUCUUGCUAGAAUCACUGAAGUGUAUAGUAAGAUGUGAAAAUGAAGCAUAUAGUAAGGAGGGACUCUGAAUAUUAUCAUGAACGCCCAGAUCCAGUGUCAAAAGUGUAUGAAAUAAAUGAAGUGCGAAUGUGCGUCAAA